UACUACUGUAAUUUCACAUUUGACUCUCUCAGUCUUCUUCGCCUCACAACAAUUAUCUAAAUCUAACAUUCAUUUCCUUUGCUCUGCCAUUCCCAUUCUCUCUCAAACUCAUUUGAGAAAUAUCUUUUCUUCAUAAUUUUCAUUCUCUUUGCUUUCUUAAUCUCUUAAGACAUUUCCAAUUUCGUCACCUCUCUCUUUCUCCUCUUUCCUUUAGAUCUUCUCAGCAGUCUAUAUAUCCAAAUCACAAUGGCUCUUUCAACCAACAAACAAGUCUUAUCUUCCUCUCUCACCAAACGAUACAUAUAUAAUGUGUUUUUGAGUUUCAGAGGAGAAGAUACUCGCAAUGGUUUUACUAGCAAUUUAAAUGGUAUUUUGUGUCAUAAUGGUAUUAACACUUUUAUGGAUGAUAAACUCUGAAGAGGAGAAAAUAUUUUCACUGAACUUCUUGAAACUAUUGAAAGUUCAAGAAUUUCGAUAAUUGUAUUCUCUAAAAACUAUGCAUCUUCUACUUGGUGUUUAGAUGAACUUGUCAAGAUUCUUGAGUGUAAGAAUAAUGGUCAAGUGGUGUUAUCCGUUUUUUAUAAGGUGGAUCCAUCAGAUGUACGUAAUCAAAAUGGAAAGUUUGGAGAAGCAUUCACAAAGCAUGAAGAAAAAUUCAAGAAUAAUAAAAAGAAGGUGCACAGAUGGAGGGCAGCCUUAAAAGAAACUAGCAAUAUAUCUGGAUGGCAUUACAAAAAUGACCACCCUCAAUUUGGGUUUAUCCAAGAAGUUUUUGAAGAAAUAUCAAGUGCUAAAUUAAAUCAUACACAAGUAUUUGUUGUAAAAUAUCCCGUUGGAGUAGACUCUCGUGUAGAGGAAAUAAGUUGGCAUUUAGAUAUUAAGUCAAACGAUGUUCGCAUGUUAGUGAUCCAAGGUCUUCCAGGGAUAGGUAAGACAACAAUUGCAAAAGCUAUUUUUAACUUAAUUGCAUAUCGUUUUGAAGGAAGCAUCUUUCUAGAGAAAGUUAGAGAAACAUCAAGAACAAAUGAGGGCAUACUCCAACUACAAGAGGCAAUUUAUUCUGAGAUCUUAGGUGGCGGAAAUUUGAAGGCGCAUGGUGUAUCUAAAAGAAUCAAUGUGAUAAUGGAAAUACUUCGUCACAAAAGAAUUCUUUUAAUUCUUGAUGAUGUGGACAAAUUAGUCCAAGUAGAAAAUUUGCUUGGAAAAUGUGAUUGGUUUGCUUUUGGAAGUAGAAUCAUUAUCACAACAAGAGAGGAAAAGGUGCUAUCUACUCUUCAAGAAGAUUGUCAUCUAACCUACUAUAACUAUAGGGUUAAGGAAUUAAAUCAACUUGAAUCUCAUGAACUCUUUUGUCAACAUGCAUUCAAAAGAAACAAGCCUACGAAAGAUUAUUUGGAGCUCGUAGACCACUUUAUACAUUAUGCCAAAGGCCUUCCAUCAGCUCUAGAAAUAAUAGGUGCUGAUUUGUACAAGAGAGAUAUACAAUAUUGGAAUAGUAUAUUAGAAAAGUAUAAAAAAUUUCUCAAUCCAGACAUUCAACAAGUACUCAAAAUAAGCUAUGAUGGAUUGGACCAAACUCAACGAGAUAUUUUCCUUGAUAUUGCAUGUCUUUUCAAAGGAUUCUACAAGGAAGUUGUUGUACAUAUACUUCAAAUUAGCUAUUCAUAUGACCCAUUCUGUGAUAUUGAAAAACUUAUCGACAAAGGCCUCAUAAUUGUUGAUAAUGGCAAAUUAGUGAUGCAUGGUUUGAUACAACAAAUGGGUUUUGAAAUUGAUCGACAAGAAGUAGAAGUGUCAAAAAAACAUAGAAGGCUAUCGUGUUAUACUUAUGAGGAUGCUCUCGAAGCACUAAAUGGAGAUACGGGAUUAGAUGAAAUUCGAGGCAUAACAUUGUCCUUGCCACAACCAAGAAAGAUGCAAUUGAAUCUUGAAAAGAUGAGAGGUCUCAAAUAUUUGAUUAUUCGUAAUGUAAUUUAUGAAGACCUUAAAUCUUUUCCCAAUGGGUUAAGGUUACUUGAUUGGAAUGAAUUUCCUUUAUCAUCCUUGCCAUCCACCUUUGAACCUACAAAACUCGUUGUACUUAACAUGCGAUGGAGCCACAUUAAAUUGGACGAGCAUUUCGAGGUAUAAUCAUAGCAUUUAUAAAUUCUUAUUAGAUUUUUUUUUUUUU